AUGGGAGGUAGACUACAACCUGUCAAGGAGGAUGGUGAGUUAGAUUAUGAAAAUUUGAUAGGAUUUGCCAGUGACAAUGCUAGUGUAAUGAUAGGACAGAAGGAAGGUGUGCAGGCAUUACUGAUGUAUCUUGAUGGCAUCAAUGACAGUGAUGCCCUCAAUCUUAACAGACGGGUAUCACCUGAUGGAGAAGAGUCAGCUCCCAACCAACCAACACCAAACAAACACCUCAUCAGCUGUAAAAAUCAUUCGAUACUCAGCACCUUCAAUGCCCGCCCCCUUGGUUCUCUUGGUUGUCUAGAAGAACUUGGUGCAAAUGCAGAAUCACAUGGCAUUGAUAUAAUAGCUGUCCAAGAACACCGAUUUUACCACCCUGACGACAUCCUCAAAUACCAUCAAGUCGGUUCUUAUCAACUUGUAACCUCCUCUGCAUCAAAGAAUACUGUUAAUUCAACAGUUGGAGGUAUUGGAUUUCUACUUUCAUCAAAAGCUAGUGAUACUCUCUUGAGUAUAGAGUCAAUCUCACCUAGAAUUAUGGUGCUCGAGAUAGAUGGAAAUCCGAAAACAACAUUGGUAUGUGUGUAUAGCCCACAUAAUUCGUCUGUGGCAGACGAGAUUGAGAAUUUUUAUAUAACCCUUCGUUCAACCAUUGAGCAAGUACCUCUCCAUAAUUUUCUAGUUAUAACUGGUGAUCUGAACGCUAGACUAGGAUCCGAUGAGACCAAGUUUACAUUCAACUCUAAAACUAAUCGGAAUGGAGAAAUGCUCAAAGACUUCUUAGAGUAA